AAUAAAAAAGCCGCUUGCUACCAUCUUUUGUUUUAUUAUAAAUUACAGUUGACACAUUAAACUGACGCAGUUAGUUGUUACACCUAGUAAAGUCAUGUCAUUAACUUGUUUAACGAUAGUAAAAUAUAUUUUAUAAUAAUUAAAUUAUUUUGUUCAGUGUACGUGAGUUUAGUGUUAAAAUGACGACUAAAGGCCUAAGAGUGCCUUUUGAAGAUGCAUUGAAUAUGACAGGUUACAAUCGUUACAAUGCGUGCCUGUUCAUCUUGUGUGCCAGUAUCAUCGUCGGCAUGACCUACGAGAUCUUCUCAGUGUCCUAUGUAGUGCCAGCCAGCGUCUGCGAGCUCCACACCACCAGCACGCAGCAGGGGCUGAUGGCCAGCGUACCUCUGAUUGGUAUUAUAACGACAUCUCACAUUUGGGGCUACCUGGCGGACACCAGGGGCCGGCGGAAGGUCCUCAUCAUCUCCAUGACCAUGACAUACCUAGCUGGCACAGCAGCUACGCUGUCACCCAACUGGAUUGUGCUGAGUCUACUCAAACUGCUCUCUUCUAGUUCAGUUUCGGGGUCUAUGGCCUUAUCAAUGACCUUACUAAGCGAGUGCACACCAUCGGAGAAGCGAAGUGGCUUAGUGCUGCUGUGCACUAGUGCUUAUCUUAUGUCUAUUGGAAUUAUGGCAGUAAUUGCAAUACCAGUUCUACCGCUGACCUUCUCUUUCUACAUCCCUGGACUGGAUAUCUACUUCAACUCCUGGAGACUGCUGAACCUAAUCUUCGCUGUGCCAUGUGCCUUGAGUGCCAUUGGAUGCUUCUUUGCCAAUGAGAGUCCUAAAUACCUGGUCAGUGUUGGAAGAGAAGAAGACGCCUUGAACGUCCUCAAACGGAUGUAUGUCAUUAAUACUGGGAAGAGUGCUGAUACUUAUACAGUAACUUCUUUAGAAUUGGAAGAAGGACAGGCAUCAUCGUUCAGCAAAGGAUUCUGGGGAUCAGUGGCGGCGCAGACCAUUCCUAUGGUGAAACCACCACUGCUGAAGAACACACUACUCUUAUCAUUCCUAUUCGUCAUUUCUUAUAUUACUAUGAACUCUUUCUUCGUGUGGUUACCAUUCAUAGUGAACGCGUUUAUGACAUCAGUGGUAGCCGGUGAGAGACAUCUUACCAUCUGCGAAAUGAUCAGACUCUCUGCAAACUCUUCGUCUGUGCAAGAGACCAACGACUGUUCUAUGAACAGCCAAGCGAUGACCCUGGUGUUUGGUAUAGUGAUGGUGCUUGGGGUUUGCAAUAUUUUCACCAGCGCCAUCAUCAACUGCAUCGGAAGGAAGAAACUCUUUGUUUGUAUGCAGGUGGUAGCUGGCAUAGCAGCGUUAGUCAUCAACUUCAGCCCGUUUUGGGUCUUAAGCGCCAUCCUGUUCAUGGUCUUCUUGUCUGCUGUCUUCACUUUUGGUUUUCUCACUUCUUUCUGCGUCGACGUGUUCCCCACUUAUGUCAGAGCCAUGGCAGUAUGUCUUACUCUGAUGGUUGGGCGAGGCAGUGCUGUAAUCGGCAUCAAUGUCCUGAAAAAACUGCUUGACACAAACUGUGAAGCUGCCUUCUAUAUUUUUGGAGCUGUGGCUGUUGGUGGAGGAAUAGUAGGUCUACUUCUACCUUCAGAUGAGAAAAUAAAAGCACAGAAAAAGGUGUUAAACCAGAGUUAACAUUCAAGCGAAUUAGAAGAACUGAGCGUUUUUCGUUCAUUGUUACAAAAGAAAAAGUUUAGGUAUGAACUAAACUCUUAGAACCAAAAAGAGAUGUCGCUAGUCUACCUGUACUAUAACUCCAUCUCUCUCUUACAAAGACCUAAAGUGGGAAACGUAAAAUAAGCCAUAAUGGUGUUCAAAUAGGGUUGACACUUGUUUAUUAAUUUAUUCAUUAUUUUCUGAAAUAUAAACUUUUUGAAGUGUUCGUUGAUAUC